UCCUCGCCGGAUCUGCAGUCCUGGGGAAGGGCGAUAGGGAGCCCCGUAAACCUGGAGGGGCCCAGGCCCUGGGCUGCAGCGGGCCUCUGGGGGCCCAGGCCCAAAUCCGCGACGCCCCCAGGCGGGGAUCCAGUGGCUAGCUUUCCGAGUUUGUUGGGGAAUGUAGGAAGCCCGGCCACCUUUGUUUACCAUUCCGAUUGCCCCGCCCCCGCGAGCCUUCCCAGUUCUGGGUUCCUCAGGAGCUGGAAUAGGAUGGAGGCUUGAGAGCUCCGGGGCGAGGGCUUCGUGGUUUAUUUUUGAAGCACCCUUUCAAGGUGGCGUCAUUUAAUUUGGGGUGUCUUGAAUAAUUUUUAUCCCACAACACGAGACUUUGCCAAAGCUAAAUAUGUGGCAGAGUUGGGAUUCUGACCAAGACUGGUCUGCAAUUCUAAUGCAAGGGAAAGAAGGCCUUGUGAAUUAUCCAGAAUUGGAAGCUGUCGUCUGGAAAUUUUGGGGCCUUGUACAAGUUAUUUAACUUUGAUUUUCUGUAAUAUGAGGAAAUUCCCCUCCUCGAGGGCUAUUGUGAGGAUAUAGUGAACAAAUGGAUUGAGUCGCAUUGAAAACUGUGAACAUUGUAUUUUUGAAAAGAAAUUUGAGGACUUACGGUAGAGACUAUGCUGAGUUCUCUCAUACCCACCCGCUUCAGAGUAGCAUGAUUCCUUAAGUCCUUUCCUUGUUUCUUAAUUUCCCAGCUUUGAUUGACCAAAGACUCAGUCUCAUUCCGCUACCCCUUCUUGGGGACAAAGUGUAUUUUCAGUUCUUUAAGAUUGUUGCUCUUAAAUCAAAAGGGCAUUAAAUCAUUUAAAGAGUUCCUCGAGAACAGUCUUUCCAGUUUUCUUGACUGUGACUCAAAGUCAUCUGAUACACCAAUUUAGACGGAAAAUUUCAUGAAAUAAUUCUUACUUUUACCAUCUGCUGUGCAGUUUGUCUUUUAUAUUCUAUUAUGUUAAAAUUCUACCGUAACUCAGUUGAUUUUUGCAACGCACUGGUGAGUCAGACCCAUGGUUUACAGAAUAGAAGAUCAUUAUUAGUUAAGGAGUGAAUUGGUAAUUUGAAACAAACUUAUCUUUCCUAUACUGGUAAUCUGAAACACAUUUUGGGUUUGAUAUAACUAUUUUAUAGUCAGUUCCUUUGGGAUUUGAGAAAAGAGCUGUUCUAUAAUUGUAUAUUAACUGCUUUUUUGCUUGGUUGAAAAUAACAGCAGCACCUUACAUCUAAAUCUAUGAUUUAUUCUUUGCUAUGUCUCAUUCCUGUAAAAAGUAUUUACAAUAAAAGAUAUAAAUGCAAUUUUCUUUACAGUGUUUACUGUGUGAGCCCAUGUUUUAAACUGGGGCCAUCAGAAAGUGUGAGAGAACAAAUCUUAGUUUGGAGACAGGUUCCGUGCCUCUGCGGUGGUGCAUCAUGUUUGCUAUGUAGUUGCUGUCCCAACACUAAGAAUUCCACUGUGACCCGCCUCAUCUACGCCUUCAUUCUCCUGCUUGGCACUGCCGUAUCCUGUAUCAUGCUGAGAGAAGAGAUGGAAACUCACCUGAAGAAGAUUCCUGGAUUCUGUGAAGAGGGACUUAAAAUCAAGAUGGCUGAUAUUAAGGAGGACAAAGAUUGUAAUGUGCUGGUCGGUUAUAAAGCUGUGUAUCGGAUUCACUUUGCCUUGGCCAUCUUUUUCUUUGUCCUCUUUCUGCUCAUGUUAAAAGUAAAAACGAGUAAAGAUCCCAGAGCAGCAGUACACAAUGGGUUUUGGUUCUUCAAAAUUGCUGCCGUUGUUGGUAUCAUGGUUGGAUCGUUCUACAUUCCUGGGGGUCAUUUCACCACAGCCUGGUUUGCUAUUGGCAUGGGAGGGGCCUUCUUCUUCAUCCUCAUCCAGCUGGUGCUGUUGGUCGACUUUGCUCACUCGUGGAAUGAGUCAUGGGUAAAUAAAAUGGAAGAAGGAAACCCAAGGUGCUGGUAUGCUGCUUUAUUGUUCUUCACAAGCCUCUCUUAUAUCCUGUCAAUCAUCUUUGUCGUACUGUUCUACAUAUUCUUCACUAAACCAGAUGGCUGCACUGAAAACAAGUUCUUCAUCAGUAUUAAUCUGAUCCUUUGCAUUGUGGUUUCUGUCCUGUCAAUUCAUCCAAAAAUUCAGGAACACCAGCCUCAUUCUGGCCUCCUGCAGUCCUCUUUCAUCACGCUCUACACCAUGUACCUCACGUGGUCAGCCAUGUCCAAUGAACCUGAUCAUUCCUGCAACCCUAGCCUGCUGAGUAUCAUUACACACAUAACUGUACCAACCCAAGCUCCUGGAAAUUCAUCUACUCUAGCCCCUACAUCUGCUCCACCAUUAAAGAGUGGGCCUUUUCUGGAUACAGAGAGUUUUAUUGGGCUGGUAGUCUUUGUUCUCUGCCUUUUGUAUUCUAGCAUUCGCACUUCCAGCAAUAGCCAAGUGAGCAAGCUGACCCUGUCAGGAAGUGACAGCGUGAUCCUCAGUGAUACAGCUACCAGCGGUGCCAACGAUGAAGCAGAUGGAAAGCCUCGGCGGGCUGUGGACAAUGAGAAAGAGGGAGUGCAGUACAGCUACUCUUUCUUCCAUUUAAUGCUCUGCUUGGCUUCCUUGUACAUCAUGAUGACCCUGACGAGGUGGUACAGCCCUGAUGCAGAGUUCCAGAGCCUGAUCAGCAAGUGGCCAGCUGUGUGGGUCAAGAUCAGCUCCAGCUGGGUCUGCAUCCUUCUUUACGCCUGGACCCUUGUGGCUCCACUUGUCCUGACCAAUCGGGACUUCAGUUGAACUUCUGAGUGCCAAGGAGACCACAGAAAUUCAUAAAGGUCUCCUUUGCUGAAAGCCUGUAUCCCUUUUAUCUUGGCUUCAACUAAAAUAUUAAGUGAACGCUUUGCAAAUGUGACUAUAUCCAGGUUUAUAUCAGAUGACAGGACUGAAUAAUGCUUGAUGCAGGAUCUUAGCUUUUCAUUUAUAUGUAUAUUAUGUUUAUUUGUAAGGAUAUAGUGCAAAAGGAACAUUUUUGCAUUUUAAAGUGAACUACAGCUGUGCUGUGAAGAGAAUUUCUUUAUAAAUACCUAUAUGUUCCUACAACUAUGAUUUAAGAUAGAAAAAUGUUGGAUAUUUGAGGCCAUCAUUAAUAUAUUUCUAUUGCAGUAUCCUUAAAAAGAAAAAAAUAAUGCAUUUAUAUGACAGCUUUCCUCUGUGAAAGCCCUAACUUGUAUGAUACAAGCACUCUGUUCCCUGCUUAAACUCUUUAAGAGGUGUAGCAUCACUUGAGGGAAGGAGUUCAUUGUAUGGGUCCUUCCCCAGAAGAGUGGUUGCUGAUAUGGCUACUGCUUUUACAUUUUGAGUCUUUUCAUUUACUGUUUUUUGUUUUUAACACUACAACAUUGAUGCUGCUUGAUUCAAAUCUGUGGCUUUGCCAGAUACAUUCAUUUCAAUAAGUGCUUUUGUAGGUUUGGUUAAAGUGAAGAUUCAGUUGGGAAAGCACUGCAGCUUUAGUCUGUGCAAUGCUCUUGUUAUGAGUAUGUAAAAGUAAAAUGCAUGUGAAUUUAUUACAUUUGCACUGUAAAGAUAUUUGAUUAAAACAGAAAGACUUUAAGCUUUUAAAGCCCUUUCUUUAACAGCUUUUAUGAGUCAACAGCUGUUCUGUAUUUGUGGGACUUAUAUGGGCUGUCAGGUUUACCAAGCACCUAACAGGAUGGUCCACUUCCUUCUAAAACUUAAGAUCUGCCUGGUGACUACAGUUCUACACUUAUUCAGAGUUGUGUUAAAUAUCUUCUCUGGGUGUGACACUUCAGUAGAUGAGAGACAAAUGAGGCACUGUCAUGAAACUUAUUCAUGAGAAGUAGGAUGCAAGGAGGUAGAAUAGAACAGUUUGUUCUUUCAGCAGAGAGAUACUGGGUGUCUGUUGUGUACCAGGCACUGUUAGGUGCUAGAGAUACAGCUUUAAAUAUGACAGACACAGUUGACCAUCUUGAACUCACAGUGUAGAGGAGGCUGAAAAUGAGCACAGGAGUGCUUACAAUGUGGUGUAAUUAGUGCUGUGAUUUAGGAAUUGGAAAGGGCUCAAAGGAGAAGUACCUGGUGGAUGUCAUGGUAGGCUUCCUGGAGGAAGUAAUGUCAAAGCCAAGAACUGAUAAGAGUUAGCCAAAAGAGAAAUGGGGUAGUGGGAAGGCAUUGCUGAAGGGCAGAUGAAACUGUAUGUUAAAGGCAGGGAAAUGGACAAAAAAAUUGUUCAGGAAAGCUGGAAAAGGGAGAAGUGGGCAGGGACCAGGUUAUGAAGGGCUUUUUAAACCACGCUAAAGAGUUGGACCUUGUGUUGAGGGCAACAGGGAACAUAUUCAGAGGGACGUGAACAAAUUUUAUCUCCGAUCACUGUGGAUGAUACGUAGAGAAUGGACUUAGAGAGAUGAGACCGGGGCAGUCCACAUGAGAUUUAAAAUAGAGAAGUAGAAGUGAGGAUGGGGAGAAAUUGAGAGCUACUUAGUAAUUAGGAUUAAAAUGUGGGCAGUUGAGUAGAUCUGGCAGGGGUGGGGGAGAAAUAGAUUAUGGGGUGAUUUGGUUUAAUCACCUGAGCAGAUGGUGGUUCCAUUUAUUUAGGAGGGAAACGAGGAAAAGGAGCAGGCUGGGCCAGAACGGUGGAGGUGUUCAGUUAAGAACGGUUAAGUGCAUAGGCUUGGGAGUUAGACUGUUUGGGUUUGCAUCCCAGCAUUGCCGUUGUCUAGCUGUCAAAGUGGUCAGCUAAUAUUUAUUGAGUUUGUGCUGUGCUUUAUGACCUCGGGCUGAUGACUGUACCUCUCUGAGCCUCGGUGUUGUCUUCAUUUGUACAAGAUAGUUCCUAGUAUAAUUCAUUGUUUAGAGAGUAUAGUUACUUUACAAAGUGCUUAACCCAUGGACAGUAUUCAAAGGUCAGAGAUGUUUAGCCAGAAUUUGAUGGAGACUACAUUUGAGCUGCUUCUUAGAGAAUUAAUGAGAUGGAACAUAGAGCAGGCAGUCUCAGUUGGGGUGGAGGUCAAGGUUAGGAAAGCAGGGCUUGUUAGGAAUUGUUGGAACAAUGCCUUUCAAACUAGUAGUUGAUGUCAGGGUACAGAGAUAAAA